UCCGCUGAGCUCAGCCAAUAGGAAGCGGACAGGAGUUGCUUCCCGCAGAACGGUCGUGGCCGCAGUGGCAGCUUCAGAAAUGUUUUAUAAACUUUUGAUAGUUGUUUUCCUCGCUGUUAGUUUGCACGGCACGCCAUCAGAUGGGCAGAAAAAGAAGGAGACCCUGCUGUCGGAGAAGGUCAGUCAGAUGAUGGAGUGGACCAGUAAGCGCGCUGUGAUCCGACUGAACGGAGAGAAGUUCAGGAGGCUGAUCCGAGCUCCUCCACGCAACUACUCCGUCGUCAUCAUGUUCACGGCACUGCAGACUCAGAGACAGUGUGCCGUCUGCAAACAGGCGGACGAGGAGUACCAGAUCCUGGCGAACUCUUGGCGUUAUUCCAGUGCAUUUACUAACCGGAUUUUCUUUGCGAUGGUGGAUUUUGAUGAAGGAUCAGAUGUUUUCCAGAUGCUCAACAUGAACUCGGCUCCGACGUUCAUCAACUUCCCGGCUAAAGGCAAGCCCAAGCGCGCGGACACGUACGAGCUGCAGGUGCGAGGCUUCGCCGCGGAGCAACUGGCCCGAUGGGUGGCGGACCGCACUGACGUCCACAUCCGGGUGAUCAGGCCCCCGAGCUACGCCGGGCCGCUGAUGCUGGGUUUGCUGCUGGCCUUCAUCGGCAGUCUGGCUUACCUGCGCAGAAACAACCUGGAGUUCCUGUUCAACAAGAACGUCUGGGCUUUCUCCGCACUGGUGGGACCUUGACCUUUAUGUUUCA